CGCUACUUGGACUAGCCCUUCACAUCCGCGGAGAUCCCAAGAAGACACGAGUAGUACUCGCAGACAAAUUCUCCUCCUCCUGAAAAUCCAGUGAACUGCAGCAGCAGCAGACGAGCUAGCAACCAUGGCGUCGUCCACGGCAGCCGACGGCGACGACGAGGUGGUACGCGAGUUCGGCCCGAUCCUCCGGGUCUACAAGAGCGGCCGCCUGGAGCGCCCCCUCGUCGCGCCCCCCGUCGGCCCGGGCCACGACGCCGCCACCGGCGUCCACUCCCGGGACGUCCACCUCGGCGACUACUCCGCGCGCCUCUACCUGCCUCCUCCCGCCGCCGCCGCCGAGCGCCUCCCCGUCGUCGUCUACGUGCACGGCGGCGGGUUCGUGGCGGAGUCCGCGGCGUCCCCGAGCUACCACCUCUUCCUCAACCGCCUCGCCGCCGCCUGCCCCGCGCUCUGCGUCUCCGUCGACUACCGCCUCGCGCCCGAGCACCCGCUCCCGGCGGGCUACGACGACUGCCUCGCCGCGCUCCGCUGGGUGCUCUCCGCCGCCGACCCCUGGGUCGCCGCGCGCGGCGACCUCGACCGCGUGUUCCUCGCCGGGGACAGCGCCGGCGGCAACAUCUGCCACCACCUGGCCAUGCACCACCACCACGACGCGCCGCCGCGCCGCCGCCUCAGGGGCGCGGUGCUGAUCCACCCCUGGUUCUGGGGCUCGGAGGCCGUCGGCGAGGAGGCCCCCGACCCCGAGGGGCGCGCCAGGGGCGCCGGGCUGUGGGUGUACGCGUGCCCGGGCACCACCGGCAUGGACGACCCGCGGAUGAACCCCAUGGCGCCCGGCGCGCCGCCGCUGGGGCGGAUGGCGUGCGACCGGGUCAUGGUGUGCGCCGCGGAGGGGGACUUCCUCAGGUGGCGCGCCCACGCGUACGCCGCCGCGGUGGCCGCGGCGAAGGGCGGCGCGGCGGUGGAGGUGCUGGAGACGGCCGGGGCGGGCCACGUCUUCCACCUGUUCGACCCCGACGGCGACAAGGCCAAGGAGCUGCUCGACAGGAUGGUCACCUUCGUUAACGGCGCCGGCGCCGACGCCGCGUGAUCUCCGAGUUAGCGGCCGCGCGCCAUUGUUUUUGCUUUUGCGUGUGCGAAAAAAAUUCCCUACUUUGAUUUGAUGAACUCUGCCAAGCUGUGAUUGAAUAAAUGUGUGAUUUUUAUGGUUGCUGAUGCAUAAUGUGUUAAUGAAAUGCCCGAAUUUCCUACA